AUGGGGGGUUCAUCAGAGACCAAGUUUUUGCAAGAGCUAGUGCUAUAUGCAGCAAGUGCAGCUUUAAGUUGUUUGGUGUUGUUUGCUGGGCUCCGACAUCUUGACCCGAAUCGUGAAGCAUCAAAGAAAGCCCUUGAACAUAAGAAGGAAAUCGCUAAGCGUUUGGGCCGUCCUCUUAUCCAAACAAACCCUUAUGAGGAUGUAAUAGCCUGUGAUGUUAUAAAUCCUGAUCACAUCGAUGUGGAAUUUGAAUCAAUUGGAGGAUUGGAAGCUAUCAAGCAAGCUUUGUACGAACUGGUUAUUCUUCCUCUACGGAGACCUGAACUCUUCUCACAUGGGAAACUUCUUGGUCCACAAAAGGGGGUUUUGUUAUUUGGACCACCCGGCACUGGGAAGACCAUGCUUGCAAAAGCUAUUGCAAAAGAGUCUGGAGCUGUUUUCAUAAAUGUGAGGAUCUCUAAUCUGAUGAGCAAGUGGUUUGGUGAUGCACAAAAACUUGUUGCUGCUGUUUUUAGCCUGGCAUAUAAACUCCAGCCUGCCAUUAUAUUUAUUGACGAGGUUGACAGUUUUCUGGGGCAGCGUCGUACUACAGAUCACGAGGCAUUGACCAAUAUGAAGACUGAGUUCAUGGCAUUAUGGGAUGGGUUUACUACAGAUCAGAAUGCACAAGUGAUGGUACUUGCUGCAACCAACCGUCCUUCAGAACUCGAUGAAGCAAUCCUCCGGCGUCUUCCUCAGGCCUUUGAAAUUGGGAUGCCUGAUCAAAGAGAGAGGGCUGAAAUCCUGAAGGUUGUUUUGAAAGGGGAGAAGAUUGAAAACAACAUUGACUUUAACUACAUAGCAAGUUUAUGUGACGGCUUCACUGGUUCGGAUCUUCUUGAACUUUGCAAGAAAGCAGCUUACUUUCCUAUUAGGGACCUUUUGGAUGAGGAGAAGAAGGGGAAAAGAUCUAGUGCUCCUAGGCCAUUGUCCCAGGCAGACUUGCAGAGAGUUUUUGCCACAUCAACUAAGACUAGGGUUGCUGCAAAUGAGUACAGUAGGUCAACCUCACAACCACCUGGGUGGCCAAGGCAGUCAGAUGAUUAUCAGGUUCAAGCCACUAUUAAUGAGCUCUCUAAGCUCGUAGUUUCUCAAAUCUUGAAUCUUCAGCCACCGGAUAACCAGGACCCUUGA